UGCAAUACACAUAGUAUAAAUGGGGCCACUAACUUCUGCGUACUGACACUACUCAGAAGAAGAGGGGAUCCUUGUUCUGUGGCUUCUGACUGAGAAAAAAUGCAGAAGAGCAGAAGAAAAACCAUCCAAGGUAGAUCUGGAGCGAUGACACUGUCCUCACUAGUCCUGGCCCUGACACUCCUGGAGCCCUCCCUGGUCGUGGGUGGCUUGGAAUCAUGUUCUGGAAGUGCAGGGAUCCCAGGAACCCCUGGUGCCCCAGGAUUGCCUGGCAGAGAUGGUCGGGAUGGUGUCAAAGGAGACCCUGGACCAGCAGGGCCCAUGGGACCACCUGGAGGCAUGCCAGGGCUCCCUGGAAGAGAUGGGCUGACUGGAGCUCCAGGAAGUGUGGGUGAACGAGGUGAAAAGGGUCAGCAGGGUGAGCCAGGACCUCCAGGGCUGCCUGCUUAUUUAGAUGAAGAGUUACAGUCUGUACUCCGGGACUUCAGACAGCGAAUCCUACAGUCAAUUGGAGUUCUCAACUUGCAAGGCACCAUUUUGCAAGUGGGUGAAAAGGUCUUUUCUACAAAUGGUCAGUCAGUGAAUUUCCAGGGGAUCACUGAGACAUGUGCCAAGGCAGGUGGCACUGUUGCCACUCCAAAAAAUGCAGAAGAGAAUGCUGCUAUCAUGAGCCUGGUGCGGAAGUACAACUCAUAUGCUUACCUAGGCCUGACAGAAGGGAAGACACCAGGGAAAUUCUAUCAUCUCAAUGGAAGUCCAAUGAACUAUACCAACUGGUACUCAGGGGAGCCUGCAGGGAAAGGGCGGGAGCCUUGUGUGGAAAUGUACAAAGAUGGCACCUGGAAUGACAAAAGCUGCCUGCAGUACCGCCUCACUGUCUGUGAGUUCUGAGCCCCUCACCAGGGUUUGAUUACCCAUGCCAAAGGGUGAAGGUAGCAAAGUUCAUUAGUCAUGACCUCCUCUCUCUUCUGGCCACUUGCCUGAAUCUUCAGAGAAAUGCUUUAAUAUUCCAUUCCUUGCUCCAGACUUGCUGGCUGCUAAGUUGUUUCUCCCAAACAUACACAGUGCAGUGUGGCAAAAAGAAUAAUGGAUAACUUGGAAUUAGAAAACCUGAGUUCCAAUCCAGAAUCUGUUCUUACUUACUCUGUGCCCUCUAGUAAAUCAUUUAACCCUAGUCUUAGUGCCUCAAUUUUCUUUUCUUUUUUUAAAAUUUAUUCAUUAAUAGAAUUUAUCAACAAGUGUCCCUCCAUACCCUCCCCACAUCACAAAAGGCAUCAUCCAGGAGACAGACAUUCAUAAGAAUUAAGUCUUUCAUGUCUCCACCUUUCAGGUCAUUCUCUGGAGGUAACAUUCACAAUUUCUUCUUCAAUAUUAACUCUGUAGCCAGGUAUGAUGUUUUCGUGAUUCUACUCAUUUCACUAUUCAUUAUCCCAUGUAGUCCUUUCCAAAGAAAUUUUAAAAUUAGCCUGCUCAUCAUUUCUUAUGGAGCAGUAGUAUUCCAUCACAAUCAUAUACCACAAUUAUUUAGCCAUUCUUCAAUCGAUGGGCAUCCCCUCAACUUUUAAUUUUUUGCCACUACAAAGAGAACUGCCAUAAAUAUUUUGUAACAUAUAGUUUCUUUUCUUUUUUCUCUUACCUCCAUGGGAAUUUUCUUAUCUAUACAGUAGGGAAGUCAGAGAGAGAGAGAGAGAGAGAGAGAGAGAGAGAGAGAGAGAGAGAGAGAGAGAGAGAGAGAGAGAGAGAUGGAUGAAUGAAUAGAUGUAUGGGUGGAUAGACGAAUGGAUGGGUGGAUGGAUUGAUAGAUGAUAGAAAAACAGACAGAAAGACAGACAGAUGCAUAGAUGCAUAUAGAUAUAUGAUAGGAAGAUACAUAUAUGUAUAUAUAUUUGAGAUACAUGAAUCUAUGAUUCAUCAAUGUAAGGAUCUCCUGAUAAAUACCUCCCCAAAGAGGUAGAAACUCAUUCUCAUUGUAAGUUACAUAAAUUACAAUUCCUUGUAUCCUAUUGUCUUACAGAGUUGUCUGGGUUACUAAGUUCAAUGAUUUAUCCACAAUCCUCCAGCUUUGAGAGAAGCAGAGCUUAAUUCAGAAUCUUCAAGGUUGUAAGGCUCUAUUCAUUCCACCACACUAUCUCUCAAGUAUUUUGUUAAUAUAUGUAUUUUAAAAGACUUUUAACUUUUUAAGAGUGCUUUCACACGUCGGGACUUAUUUGAGUCUCCUGUGAUGAAAUGUCUCCACUUCCCAAUGAGGAGCCUGUGUGGAGAAUCCAACUGUAGCUCACAAGACAAGAAAAAAAAUGCUUCUAUGACCUCUUCCAAGAAUACAUUUCUUUUGACAUAUUCUUCCAACUACUCAAAUCCUUCAUUCCUUGAAGGAAAAGCUUGAGACUUACAUCUCCCAUAAACCCCUUCUUUAACACUGCAAUUUCUUUAUUUUUUCAAAUCAACAAUUUUAAAAUAAUUUUAUAGAUCAAGUUUCAUCUUUAGUUUUAAUUAUAUUUUUCUAGAUUAUAUUUAGACAUAUAUUUAAUAAUCAUUUUUGACAUUUUGCAAUUUAUUUUAUCUCCCACCCUUCCCCAUAAGACAGGUAACAUGAUAUAACAUACAUGUGCUACCAUACAACAUAUAUUUCCAUGUUCAUUUGUUGAGAAAGAUGAUUCCGAUUGCUUCUUCUAGAAAAAAAUCAUGAAGGAAAUAAAGUGAGGAAUAGUAUGCUUCAACCUGUAUUACUCUGCAAUCUUUUUUUUAACUCCUUAAGCACAAAUGACUCUGUAUCCUUCAAAUUUAUCCUCAUUGCCUGGUAAUGUUAUUAAAUGUUUGCAUUGCAUUUGUCUGAAAUCCCCAAUUAGACUGUAAGCUCCAAAACAGGCAAUAAAGACUUAUUCAAUUAUGAAUAAAAAUUAAUCCUUAUUGAUC